CUGUUUUUUAUCUCGCCUUUGUUGAACGACGCGCUUCCGCCAAGAUGGUGGUCGGCGCCUUUCCCAUCGCUAAGAUGCUGUAUCUUGGGGUCAGACAGCUCAGUAAACCGGUGGCUAACAGGAUUAAAGCUGGAGCGAGAAGGAGUGAAUUUUUUAAGAAUUAUGUCUGUCUGCCUCCGGCGCAGGUGUACCACUGGGUGGAGAUGAGAACCAAAAUGAGGAUCAUGGGCUUCCGCGGCUCAGCUAUCAAACCACUAAAUGAGGAGGCGGCGGCAGAACUGGGAGCUGAGCUUCUUGGAGAGGCUAUUAUCUUCAUAAUUGGUGGUGGCUGUAUGGUGCUGGAGUACAGCCGACAGGCCGCCAACAGCAGGAGGAAGGAAGAGGAGCUUACACAGACCAUCAACAGCCUGCAGACCCAACUGGGCGAGCUUGCCCUGACCACGGAAACUCUGGACGCUCAGCUCCGGGAGGUCAACAGGCUCCUACUGUCAUUCCCGGCUGCUCCUAAUAACAAAUAAUAUAAAUGCAUUAAACAAAGGGACUGAGUCAGUAUGUGUGGGCAAAGUGUACAAUGUCCAUGAAUACUGUUAUAAGAUGCACAGCUUUGAGGAAGUCUAACCACACACACAACUUUCUGAUUUAAGAGGGUGUUAUAUACAUAUCCACUGUGUGUAUCUAGUAUCUACUUUUAACCAAAAGGUUCAGUUGCAUGUGUGGAAAGCAAAUUAGUUGAUGGUUAAACCAGUGUUGUGAAUUACCAGGAUCUAUAUAAACAUCACAUUUCUCUAUAGGAGUCGAGUAAUCCUGUAUUUUUUUUAUUAAGAAUUUAACGUAAUGCCUCUGCAUUUUUUAAAUCUCUUUUCACCACAUCUAUAGUGUACAUAUAAUUGCCUCCAAAAGUAAUGCUGUUCUCUGUUCUGAGAAAUUUAAAAAACAAUUUGCCUUAAACUCAGUAAUAGCAAAAGGAGGUUUUUGUUCUAGUUGAUACAGAAAGUGUUUUCAGAACAAAGAAUUUUGUGGUUAUGCAUUUCUAACCUAACCAUAUAUAUUUGUUGUUAUUAAAGGUGGGUUAGGAAUUCCAGGAUCUUGUCUCAAUAAGGUGUUGUGCCAUUAUGAGCCACCAGCCUCAAUGUGCUUUGUUAAAGUCUUUGUUUCACCAUUCUUAAAAAAAAAUCAGGUCGCAUUUUAACGGUAGCACUGCAGGUAUUUGUGUGCUUCAAAUAUAGACCUGGGUUUGAAUUUUGCCUUUUAAAAAGUUGGAUUGGUUACUCUAAAUCACCCCAGCAAAACAGAGAGUUGAUGAAGCAGUUACAGAUUAAUAAAAGAAAUAAGACGAUGAGAUGGUGGUACAGAGCGAUGUCUUUUCAUUUAUUGGUUUCAGUUGAUGUGAAGGCAAUAACACUGUUUACACUAUUGAAAUACUAAUCAAAUGAAUUGAAGACCCCUUAUGAAUGGUCACCGGGGCUGCUGUCAUCUUAGAAGAGACCACUUUUAUUACAUAGAUAUGGUGAUAAAUAAGAGAACCUUGUUUAAAUUUGUGUUUUUCCUGCUCAAGAAUGUCAUUUUGACCAGGGAUGGGGCUUAAAAUUAACAAAUACUAUUAAUUGCGUGUUCAAGUGAUGCAGCAAGAUUAAAGAUGUACUGGACUGUUAUAUGAGAGUUACAGAUGAUAACUCACAAAUGUUAAAUCUGCUUCUCAUGGCUAUGCAUCGGUCCUGUUCGAGUCAGGAAAUUUAAAAUGGCAUGUGAAUAGAGAUGUCUUGAUUCUUGUAAAAUAAAACAUCCUAAACUGGU